GCAUACUUUUUGGCUUCAUUUGAUUCUACUUCGUAAUAGAACCAAAAAUGGUAGGAGCUGUUUUAUCUAGUAAAAAUCUUUCUAGUCAGUAGUAUACUUAGCCAACCUAGUAUGAGCGGAUUAAUAUUCUUUAAUAUUCAAGCGUACUUUUUUAAAUUCGUCGAACAAAGAUUAAAGCGCGCUACUCAGCACUGUUUUCAAAAAUCCGUUUCCAAAAAAUUCAUAUUCUAAACAAAUAUUGAAAUAAAAAUUAUAUAACUCCAUCUAGAAGAAAGUUCAGGAAUAAAAAUAUAGCUUUUUUUCUAGCUAAAAGUAGUCCCUGAUAUCUGGAAAUCGUCAUAUGUAUAUAUCCUGAAAUCUAAGUGAUAUAAAACUAAGCUCUGACUAAGUCCUAACAGGUAACCCUAACUUGUUAAUCAAAAACUCCCUUUUCCCAAAAAAUCCAUAAAAAAUAUCGUAAAUUUGAAAAGUCGAUCUUGGCGCCUAAAUUUGACAGAACGCGUUUUCGUGUGACUGUCGACGUUGGCGACUUUGGGACUUACCUGAAAUUGCUUUUCAAUUAGUCGAGUUGAGUACCCCAAGCAAGAUGCUUGUUAAUAGAUGCAGAACUUGCGGGAUAAGCCCUAUCUGUGGUAGGAGUCUAAACCUCUUCGCCCAAGAAAACAAGAAGCUUCUGAUGAACUUAAACCUGGUGACAGGAUUGCAGUUGGAAGAAAUUCCUAAUGUGUCGAAUUUUAUAUGCCUACGCUGCCAGUCAGAUCUCAGGUCUACCGUCUCCUUCCGAAGGCUGUGUAUUAAAAGCUUCAGAAAAUGCACCUUAAUCGACAAGGAUCCUUCGUCAAGUGAACCGGAAACUGAAAACUUAAAGGAUGAAUCUAAGCUACAAGGAGAAGAGGGUACAAGGACUCCAGAAGAGACCUUUCAAGUACUGAUAGAAGUAGAUCCGGAAAACCACAAUUUAAUCUUCGAUUCAGCAGGAGAAGAGCAGCCCUUGUCGGUAGCUCCAAAAUCGGAAUCAAUGGAAACCAGAAGGGAAUACAACCAGAAACGAUUGCCUAGAAAGGUUCGAAAUCCCAACCUCAAGAGUAAGACGGUAAACCAGAUCUUUAUCUGCGAAUUGUGCGGCCACCAUGCCACAUCGAAAAGCAAUUUCGAUCGCCACAUUCUGAAGCACACGGGGGAGCGGCCAUUUGCAUGCGAAGAAUGCGGUGCUCGGUUUCGGAGCGCUGCAGAACAACGUGAGCAUCGUCGGGUCCACACAAAGGAUCGUCCCUUUGGCUGCCGCUUCUGCGACCGGAAAUAUGUAAGCUAUAUGGGAAGACUAAAGCACGAGAGGACUCAUACCAAUGAUCGACCAUUUGUCUGCGUGGAGUGCGGAAAGACUUUCGCCGACACCUAUGUACUCAAGAACCACAUGCUCAUCCACUCCGGUGAGAGGCAAUUCGAAUGUGAACUCUGCGAUCGAUCCUUUCAGAGGAAGACCCAUCUCCUUACCCACUACCGUUCGAAGCUGCAUCAGAAUAAUUUAAAAAUAAACUAAAUUCUUAAAACAUUGAAACAGAUUUUAUAUGGAAGAAGUAUAAACUGACAAAAAAUA